CACCAUCCAUCCUGAUCCGCGCCGAAUUCAUGUUGUACAUAUUCGGACCUCGUCUUAGUUUUUCUUUACUUCCGGUUAUAAACAAAAGGCGGCUCGACAGUGGAGUUUGAAAAGAGCAUCAUCAUGUAACUUUGAGAGAGACGCUGUUGAUCAGGUCUAAGAAGUUCCAACCAUGAUUGAGAGUGUGCAAAUUCGUCAGCGAGGGGCAUAUGACUUUGAUAGUCACUAUGACAAUCUGUGUGCUAUGCAAGACUCCUGCCCUCUUCCUGCUGUCAAGGCCCACCUGGCUCAAGGUGUGCUAGACAUCAAUGGCGACAGGGUCAGAGUGAAUGACUGGGCUCCAAUCCUGAACACUAUCAAGAUCAACAAAAGCCUGGAGUUUAUUGCAGUCAGAAGCUACUACUCCCCUCCCUCCGAGGUUAAUGAGAAAAAAGCAUUGAUUGAGAAGCGUAAGAUGCCAUCCAUCAGAUCCAAGGAAAUCACUUACAGGCUGUGCAAGGUCCUGAAGGAGUGUCUGAUGUGUACCCCAAACCUAGCCUGUCUGGAGCUACAGGGGCUGCCGCUGAGGGAAAGGGAUCUGCAGACUCUGAUUAAGGGCCUGGCCAAGAAUGAGACUCUGAAUCACCUGUCUGUUGAGUUCUGUAGAAUAGGGGAUGGAGGACUGGAAGUACUCUGUAAAGGGAUAAAAAACCAAACCUCCAUCAGCUCCAUCAAUCUGACUGGCUGUAGUCUAUCAAGCAAGGGAUCAGAUGCCCUUGCCAAAGUCAUCAAGCACCAGGCCAUGAAGCGACACAAUGAGGCAUGGCGGGAUAGUCUACGUUACAGAAGGCCUGAUCUGGACAGGAUGCCUGGGAUCCGACGAAUUACCAUCAACAACAACCCAAUGCUUGGUGAUCAAGGAGCAGCACUGCUGGCAGAGGCUCUCAAAGAUGACCUCUGGCUCAAAGCCCUUGACCUUCAGAGUUGUGGAAUUUCUACAGAGGGAGCCCGGCAGUUACUGGAUGUCCUUAAAUACAACACAACCAUAGUUGUACUGGAUGUCAGGAGAAACCCACUUAUAGAUCGAGAUGUGGUUCACUCUAUUAUGGAGCAACUGAUGAUAAAUUGCAAUGGACAAGAUACAGAGUAUAAAUGGAUUAAAGCAGAGGAAGGCUUAGAGAGUGGUAGAAAGAAAAAGAGAAGAACAAAAACACUUAACUGUAGCUUUGGCAGAAAAACCACCAUUAGGGUGUCUGCCGGGGCCCAGAGGAGGAGAACAAAGUCCGCUAGUUCACUUGGGGUCACACACAAGAUUCAGCCAAUCAGCUCAGAGGGUGUGAAAUCUGGCCCAGGUAUGCCAUGGAGAACAGCAGCAAGGGCCAACAGAUACAGGGGAUUUCCCCCGGAGCACAUUCCAGGUAAGGCCAGUCUGUUUGAGAACAGCGAGGCCUCCCCUACAUCCUCACCCGACCACACCCAGUCCAUCCUUAUCAAUGCUGAGGACGAGGAGGGGGACACACUCCGACAACUGGAAAGGCUCAAACUGGAUGACAGCAACCUUGACACUGGAGUUGCCAAUAUCAAGGAACUACAGAUUGAGUUGAUCCAAGUCAAGAGAAAGAUGCAGCAGGAGAAGCUGGCUCGAGCACGUUCAGACAAACGGGUUGUAGAGCUGACCCUUGAGAACAAGAGACUUAAAGACGAGGUCCUUAAACAGAAAGGUCAGCCAACCAGUAAUGUGCUGGAUGAUGAUAAGGUACUGGAGAGCAUUGAAGCAUCCUUUAAACAGUUCCAUCAGUUCCUGGACCUUCUGAGAGAAGCAGGGUUAGGACAACUGAUCACUAUGGCUGGACUGGAUCAUAAAGAGUCCCCAUUCUCCCAGGGCCUGGCUCAUACGAGACGGACAAGCCAGAAAUCCAGUAAGCCCCUGCACGCCUCCAGUCCCUCAAAGAUCCCCAUUAGACCAACCAAACCUACGAUGAAAUCUCCAUACUUUGGAGAUAUCUCAGCUGUUGGGAGGGUAGGCAGCUCUACCACGGGACCUAAGGAUGGAGAAAAUAUUGCCAAUCUCUCUGCCUUCGACAAGAAAUUUAGAGACUUCCAUGAUGGGUCCUUCAUUGAUGAGGAAAAGUACACGAGGAAUAUUGAUCCAACAAUGGAAGGCGAGUACCAUGAUGGCAGUUAUGAUAAAGGACCAAUGAGGAAGGAUGACCUAUAUGAAAGGAUUCUCCAGGAGACCAGUGGGAUGUUCUCCCAUGUCGGGCCAGACAACUCCACCAUUGCAGACAUCUUGCCAGUGAAGGAUCAUGGUCAUUCAGAGAAGAUGGACUUCUCCAUAAAAGGACAAGUACCAAAAAACAAGGCUGAACCAGAAACCAAUGGGAAAAAGCAAGGGGAUGUUAGAAAAGAAAGCAAAACAGAUUUAUUCUCAGAAGACUAUUCUCAUGGUUUACGAGAAGAAAUUUUGCAGGACCUGCCAGAUUUUGAGACCAGCGAGACGGAGGUAUCGGAAUUACCCAGCAGACCCAAGCCACAACCUCGAGGCAGGAAACUCAGUGAUGAUGACAGCAAAGCUCGCUCGAGACGGGACAACCAGAGUGAGAAAGACUCACCAGAGCACAAAUCCAAGAUUAGUGACUAUAACUAUAGCAUGGACAGCUUUGAGCAAUCUUACUUCAGUGAAAGAGGGGAACUUGUACAAGAUCUGAACAUGUUAGAGAGUGGGGCCUCUCCCUCCCCAGAAAUGAUCGAUAGUGAGAAUGAAGACUUCUGAUAUAGCAGAGGGAAUACCAAGUGAUAGCUAGAUGUUUUUCUACUGAUGUUACGGCCUUCAUUUGUAGUUUGAUAGUAUUAACAGUACAUGUAUAUAUGUUAUGCCAUGGAAGAUAAAAAGCAGCUAUAUACUAAACGAGUUGGAAGGAUUUGUUUCCUUGUGGAACUGGUGUUCUCUAUUUAUAAUAUAGAAGGAGAAAUAACACACUAGAAAUCUGAUAUGAAUGGAAAGUGGAGGAUAUGAACAAUAAUGAUUUGAAUACUGAAAACUUUCAAUUUACUGUAUUUGGUAUAAAAAAUUCAAAACCCUUUUGAACCUACAAUCUACAGAUCAGUAGUCGACAUGUUAACAUUAUAGUUAUUGACUGUUAACAUUAUACAGUUAUUGACUGUUAACAUUAUACAGUUAUUGACUGUUAAAAUUAUACUUAUAGGUUAUAGACUUUGUAUGGGAAAAUAUGACGACCGAGUUUUUUGGCUCGUAGACGGACCGAGCUUGCGAGGUCCGUUCGCGACAAAAAACGAGGUCGUCAUAUUUCCCAUACAAAGUCUAUAACCUUUUUAUUAUAUACUUUCAAUUUCAUUUAGAAACUAACAAUAAUUUUAUUUUUAACAAUAACUUUAUCGGUUUAACUGAGUAAAAGAUGAAAAACACGAAAAAUUUGAAAAUUAACGGCGUAGAAAUUUGAUUGUGACGUAAUGUUUGCGGGCCGGAAUGUUUCCGGGCAUAUAUCGUGUGAUAUAUGCCCGAAAGCUUUUAAAGAAAAAAGAAGAGAUGAAAUUGAAAGUAUAUAAUAAAGUAAUUUAUUGACUGUUAACAUUAUACAGUUAUUGACUGUUAACAUUAUACAUUUAUUAUGGGUUCCAGGACAACAGCUGGUAUGAUCGGAGAAUGGGUCUGUUGCCUGAAGCCGUAGGCCGAGAGCAACAGAUCUGUUCGAGGGUCUAACAAAAAAGCUGUUGUAGGAGGUUUUGUUUCGUUAUACACUUUCAAUUUUUUGAUGUUUUACUAGAUGCUAAUGGUUUGUUGACUUCGAACUUUUAACAUGACAGAGGAAUUGUAUACAUUUAUCAACGCAUCCACUAGUUUAAAAGAAAACCUACGUAACAUCCUAAUUAAUAAUCAAUUACAUUUAUCGUGUUUCUGUUCUACAUUCCAUCUAAUGAAUUCUGUAAUUUUAUCAGUCAAAUCAGUGAAUGUCGCCAUUACGUAAACAAAGCAGCAGACCAAGAAUCACGUGACUUACAUAGCCAAUAGAAAUAAAGCAGACUAUUGCUUGGUCAACAGUUCGUAAACUGUUGACCGGUCAAUAGACCAUGAGUGUGAGAAUUGGUUUAACAGUAAAAAUAUUACUUCUAAAUCGUAUUAGUUUUAUAUAAGAAAUCAUUUUAGGUGUAUAACAAACCAAGCUACCCAGCUAGGUAAUUAGAUUUACAAGGAAUAUACAACUGAUAUUUAUAUUUUCAUUCAAGUUUCAAAGGAAGUCCACCAUUAUGACUGUGUGUUAUUCCUCCUUAAUUUGUAUGCUUACAAUGAUGCAUACUUUGCCAAAAAUUAUUAUUUGGCAAAUAUUGUCCCAAGGUAGAGGAUUGUGGGAUCUCAUCAGUACACAGUAAACACACGGUACAUCUCAUCAGUACACAGUAAACACGCCGUACAUCUCAUCAGUACACUGUAAACACGCUGUACAUCUCAUCAGUACACUGUAAACACACGGUACAUCUCAUCAGUACACUGUAAACACGCCGUACAUCUCAUCAGUACACAGUAAACACGUACAUCUCAUCAGUACACAGUAAACACACGGUACAUCUCAUCAGUACACAGUAAACACACGGUACAUCUCAUCAGUACACAGUAAACACGUCGUACAUCUCAUCAGUACACAGUAAACACACGGUACAUCUCAUCAGUACACAGUAAACACACGGUACAUCUCAUCAGUACACAGUAAACACACCGUACAUCUCAUCAGUACACAGUAAACACGAGUAGGUUGAAUUAUUGGUACAGUACUUUACCAUUCCUACAACCUUUGUGAUGUGUAGUUACUAGUUAACCUGGAUUGUACACACACACAAUUUAUAGUGUGAACCACACUUCAUGUAGGACAUUUCAUAUAUUUAAUCUGAUCCGUCCAUUUUUGACACUGCAUCCAGUAAUGGAGAAGCAAAGCGAGUCGGUUUAUGUUUGCAGACCAUUCUGUAUACAAACUAUUAAUUUGAGCAGACCAUUCUGUAUACAAACUAUUAAUUUGAGCAGACCAUUCUGUAUACAAACUAUUAAUUUGAGCAGACCAUUCUGUAUACAAACUAUUAAUUUGAGCAGACCAUUUUGUAUACAGACUAUUAAUUUGAGCAGACCAUUUUGUAUACAGACUAUUAAUUUGAGCAGACCAUUUUGUAUACAGACUAUUAAUUUGAGUUUAAAUAUAUUAAAUACCAUGAUUACAUGCAUGUCAAGAUGCUUAGGAUUUCAGCCUGCAUUCCUCAAAGCUCGGGAUCCUGUAUAUGUAUUCACUUCUGUAUUUAUUUCUCAUUGGUAACUUUAAUUCUUUGUUUUUAUUAAUUUUAUUCAUUGAACUUAUUUUGCAUUAACUGUCUGAAUCAUUGUAGCUGUAAUGCAAUAAAAGAAUAUGAACUAAGA